AUGCUGCUCGCUGCCCUUUUUGGGAUGCUAUGGGCACUGGCUGAUGGGCGGUGGUGUGAACGGACAGAGACCAUCCACGUGGAAGAAGAAGUAGCCCCUCGUCAGGAGGAUGUGGUGCCCUGUACCAGCCUCUACUAUUACAGCCGCCUCGGCUGGAGGCUGGACCUGCCUUGGAGUAGCGGAUCGGGGCUCACCAGGCCCCCGGCGGCUGGGCUCUGUACCAUCUACAAGCCCCCCGAAACCCGGCCUGUCACACGGAACCGUACAGUGAGGGUUUGCUGCCCAGGCUGGGGAGGCACCCACUGCACUGAGGCCGUUGCUGAAGCCAGGAAUGACAGCCACUGCUUUGCCACACGGCAGUGCCAGCCUCUGGCAGACUCCACGAACGCUUCGGCGGGAAGCCUGGGGGAGUGCUGUGCCCAUUCCUGGGGUCGCAGCUGGUGGGACGGGGGUUCCCAGGCCUGCCUCCGCUGUUCCAGCCCGCGCCUUCCAGGCAACAGCUCCUCCGCAGCCCUCCUGCAGCCCCUUGCCGGGGCUGUGGGCCAGCUCCGGAGCCAGCACCAGCAUCCCUUGGCCACCUGUGCCACCUGGUCCGGUUUCCACUAUCGCACUUUUGAUGGGCGUCAUUACCACUUCCUGGGCCGCUGCACCUACCUGCUGGCGGGCGCUGUGGAUUCCUCCUGGAUGGUGCACCUCAGGCCUGGGAGCCACUGCCCCCAGCCUGAGUCCUGUCAGCUGGUCCAGGUGACGAUGGGUUCAGAUGAGGUGCUGGUCCAGGCUGGAAACGUCUCUGUGAACGGGCAGCUCGUACCCAGUGGGGAACCACGGCUGCUCCACGGGCUCAGCCUGCAGUGGCAGGGAGACUGGCUGGUGCUGUCCGGAGGCCUAGGGGUUGUUGUGCGGCUGGACAGGUCCAGUUCCAUCUCCAUCUCUGUGGACUCUGAACUCUGGGGACAAACGCAGGGCCUCUGUGGGCUCUACAAUGGCCGGCCUGAGGAUGACUUUUGGGAGCCUAGUGGGGGCCUGGCCAUGCUAGCUGCCACCUUUGGGAAUUCCUGGAGGGUUCCUGGCUCUGAGCCUGAGUGUCCGGACGCAGUGGAGGUGGCCCAGGGAUGUGCGGGCCCUCUGGGGGGCACAGAGGCAGGCAUGGAAGUUGGCCGGCUGCAGGCCGAAGCCCAGGAUGUAUGCCACCAGCUGCUGGAGGCUCCAUUCCAGCAAUGCCAUGCACAGGUUUCCCCGGAUGAGUACCACGAGGCCUGCCUCUUCUCCUACUGUGCCGGAGCCACAGCGGGCGGUGACCGAGAGAGCCGGCGCUCGGCUGUGUGCGACACCUUUGCCAACUAUGCCCAGGCCUGUGCCAGACAGCGUAUCUACCUGCACUGGAGGACGCCUGGCUUCUGCGAACGCCUGUGCCCAGGAGGCCAGCUCUACUCGGACUGCGUCUCACCCUGCCCACCCAGCUGCUCCGCCGUGGGCCCGGGCGAGGAGGAGUCCUGCGGGGAAGAAUGUGUGAGUGGCUGUGUGUGCCCUCCUGGCCUCUUCUGGGACGGUGCCCUCUGCGUGCCCGCUGCCCGCUGCCCUUGCUACCACCGGCGCCAGCGCUACGCCCCCGGGGACGUCGUACACCAGCUCUGCAACCCAUGUGUCUGCCAGGAGGGCCGCUGGCACUGUACCCAGGCUCUGUGCCUUGCCGAGUGUGCCGUAGGUGGUGAUGGACAUUACUUCACCUUCGAUGGGCGGAGCUUCUCCUUCCGCAGCGGCCCAGGCUGCCGCUACAGCCUAGUGCAGGACUCUGUGCAAGGCCAGCUGCGGAUCGUGCUGGAGCACGGGGCCUGUGACUCUGGGAGCUGCCUCCACGCCCUCUCUGUCUCCCUGGGUGACACUCACAUCCAGCUCAGGGACUCAGGUGCCGUGCUGGUGGAUGGGCAAGAUGUCCACUUGCCCUGGUCUGGUGCUGGGGGUGUCCGGGCCUCCCACGCCUCCUCCGCCUUCCUGCAGCUACGCUGGCCUGGAGCUCGGGUCCUCUGGGGAGUAGCCAGCCCUGCUGUCUACAUCACCCUCCAUCCCCGCCACGCCCACCGGGUGCUGGGGCUGUGUGGCACCUUCACCUGGAACCAGCAAGAUGACUUCCUGACGCCCGCUGGGGACAUGGAGACCAGCAUCCCCGCCUUUGCUAGCAAGUUCCAAGUGUCCGGUGAUGGAAGCUGCCCCUCCACGGACAGUACCCUGCUUGCUCCUUACAACACCCACCCGCAGCACCUCCCACAAGCGGAGGCGGCCUGUGCCAUCCUACACGGCCCAGCCUUCCAGGAGUGCCAUGGGCUGGUAGACAGGGAGCCGUUCCGGCUGCGCUGCCUGGUGGCUGUGUGGGGCUGCGCCCCUGGCCGGGAAUGCCUGUGCACCGUGCUGUCCGCCUACGCGCACCGCUGUGCCCAAGAGGGGGCCCGGCUGCGUUGGAGGAACCAGACUCUGUGCCCUGUCGUGUGUCCCGGUGGCCAGGAGUACCGGGAGUGUGGCCCCACGUGCGGUAACCACUGCGGGGAGCCAGAGGAUUGUGAGGAGCUGGGUGGCUGUGUGGCAGGCUGUAACUGCCCCCCGGGGCUUCUGUGGGACCCUGAGGGCCAGUGUGUGCCUCCCAACUUAUGCUCCUGCCAGCUUGGAGCACGCCGCUAUGCCUCUGGCAGUGUCACCGUGAGGGACUGCAACCACUGCAUCUGUCAGGAAAGAGGCCUCUGGAAUUGCACAGCUCACCACUGCCCCCCACUGCAGACAGUCUUCUGUCCCCAGGAGCUCAUCUAUGCUCCCGGUGCCUGCCUCCUUACCUGCGACAGCCCCAGUGCCAACCAGAGCUGCCCAGCUGGCAGCACGGACGGCUGUGUCUGCCCCCCGGGCACUGUGCUACUGGCUGAGCGCUGUGUGCCUCCGGAGCUCUGUCCCUGCCGGCACAGUGGGCAGUGGUACCCGCCUAAUGCCACCAUCCAGGAGGACUGCAACACUUGCGGGUGCCAGGGUCGGCAGUGGCAUUGCACAGGCCAUCGGUGCAGCGGACGGUGCCAGGCCUCGGGUGCCCCCCACUAUGUGACGUUUGAUGGGUUGGCCUUCACCUUCCCGGGGGCCUGUGAGUACCUGCUGCUGCGAGAGGUCAGCGGCCAUUUCAGCGUCUCCGCCCAGAACCUGCCCUGCGGGACCAGUGGCCUCACCUGUACCAAGUCCCUGGUUGUCCGUGUGGAGAACACUGCCGUGCACCUGCUCAGAGGCAGGGCAGUGAUGGUGAAUGGGGUGAGCGUCAGACUCCCCAAGGUCUACACAGGCCCAGGGCUGAGCUUGCGCCACGCCGGCCUCUUCCUGCUGCUGACCACGCGCCUGGGCCUCACCCUGCUCUGGGAUGGAGGCACCCGAGUACUGAUACAGCUGAGCCCCCGCUUCCGUGGCCGCGUGGCCGGGCUGUGUGGAGACUUCGACGGCGAUGCCAGUAACGACCUGCGGAGCCGCCAGGGAGCCCUGGAGCCCGUGGCGGAGCUGGCUGCCCAUUCCUGGCGCCUCAACCCCCUCUGCCCAGAGCCAGGAGACCUACCGCACCCCUGCACCGUGAACGGCCAGCGAGCGCCCUGGGCCCGGGCCCGCUGUGGAGCGAUGCUGCACCCACUCUUUGCCCCUUGUCACGCCGAGGUGUCCCCGCAGCAGUACUACGAGUGGUGUGUGUACGAUGCCUGCAGCUGUGACUCUGGCGGUGACUGUGAGUGCCUGUGCUCGGCCAUCGCCACCUAUGCUGACGAGUGUGCCCGGCAUGGAUGCCAUGUGCGCUGGCGCAGCCAGGAGCUCUGCCCCCUGCAGUGUGAAGGGGGACAGGUGUACGAAGCCUGUGGUCCCACGUGUCCCCCCACCUGCCACAACCUCCGUCCAGAGCCUGGAUGGCACUGCCAAGCUGUGGCCUGUGUGGAGGGCUGCUUCUGUCCCGAGGGGACGCUGCUGCACGGAGGCGCCUGCGUGGAGCCGGCCGCCUGUCCCUGCGCGUGGGGGGACAGCUUCUUCCCGCCGGGCGCUGUGCUACACAAGGACUGCGGGAACUGCACGUGUCGGGAGAGUCAGUGGCACUGUGAGGAAGACAGUGCCACCUGUGAAGAGCCGGUGCCCAGCUGCGCCGAGGGAGAGGUGCCGUGCCAGGAGAGUGGCCACUGUGUGCCCCUCGAGUGGCUUUGUGACAACCAGGACGACUGUGGCGAUGGGUCGGAUGAGGAGGGCUGCGCCACACCAGGCUGUGGGGAGGGACAAAUGUCCUGCCACUCCGGCCACUGCCUGCCCCUGGCCCUGCUCUGCGAUGGACAGGAUGACUGUGGAGAUGGCACCGAUGAGCAAGGCUGCCCGUGCCCCUCCGGCUCCCCGGCCUGUGCUGACGGGCGCUGCCUGCCCCUGGCCCUGCUGUGUGACGGUCAUGCGGAUUGUCCAGACGCCGCGGAUGAGGAGUCCUGUCUGGGCCGGGUAAACUGUGCCCCGGGGCAGGUGUCCUGCAUUGAUGGAGGUUGCAUAGACGCCCUCCGGUUGUGUGAUGGCGUCUGGGACUGCCCGGAUGGAGCGGAUGAGGGGCCUGGGCACUGCCUCCUGCCCUCUCUGCCCACGCCUCCUGCAGAUACCGUGCCCAGCCCCUCCACUUCAAGUCCCUGGGGCAGUGCCAGUCCUGCGCCCCCCUGCGGCCCCUUGGAGUUCCGGUGCGGCAGCGGCGAAUGUGCCCCACGGGGCUGGCAGUGUGACCAGGAGGAGGACUGCGAAGAUGGCAGCGAUGAGCUGGGCUGCCGGGAGCCCUGUGCUCCGCCCCACGUGCCCUGUGCCCACGGCCCCCACUGCGUGUCCCCGGAGCAGCUGUGCGACGGCCUGGCACAGUGCCCCAACGGCUGGGACGAGCACCCAGACACCUGUGACAAGCUGUCAGCCCCACAAGGCCCCAACGAGACCGGGACACCGUGCCCAGAAUACGCAUGCCCGAAUGGCACCUGCGUUGGUUUCCAGCUGGUGUGUGACGGGCGUGCGGACUGUGAGUUGGCGGGUGAAGCAGAGCUCUCCCCAGAAGAGCAGGGCUGUGGGGCCUGGGGUUCCUGGAGCCCGUGGGAACCGUGCAGCCACACCUGUGGGCCUGGAGUGCAGAGCCGGAGCCGCCAGUGCUCCCCAGUCCACCUCCCAGCCCUGCAGCUCUGCCAGGGGCCCAGGCAGGAGUCUCAGGCCUGCUUCACCGAGGCCUGCCCAGUGGACGGCCGAUGGAGCUCCUGGUCUCCCUGGUCCCUGUGCUCUGAGCCGUGUGGGGGCACCAUGCUGCGGCACCGCCAGUGCCACCCGCCCCAGAACGGGGGCCGGGCCUGCGGCCUGCUGCCUGGCGACCCCCACAGCGCCCACCAGACCCAGCCCUGCCCCCUGGAGGGCUGUCCCAAUGCCACCUGCUCUGGGGGGCUGGUGUUCUGGCGCUGUGCCCCUUGCCCUUUGACCUGCGAGGACAUCUCUGGCCAGGCCACGUGCUCGCCUGACAGGCCGUGUAGCAGCCCAGGCUGCUGGUGCCCAGAAGGCCAGGUGAGGGGCAGUGAGGGGCGCUGCGUGCGGCCCCAGGACUGCCCCUGCCUGGUGGAGGGCGCCCGCUACUGGUCUGGGCAGCGGAUCAAGUGGGACUGCCAGCUGUGCAUCUGCCAGCACGGGCAGCCGAGACGCUGCAGGCCCAACCCUGACUGUGCAGUGGACUGUGGCUGGUCCUCCUGGUCCCCCUGGGCAGAGUGCCUGGGUCCCUGCGGCAGCCAGAGUGUCCAGUGGUCCUUCCGGAGCCCCACAAACCCACGCCUCUCCGGUCGAGGCCAGCAGUGCCGUGGCAUCCACCGCAAGGCCCGCAGGUGCCAGACAGAGCCAUGCGUGGGCUGUGCGCAGCAGGGCCUUGAGCAUCGCGUGGGGGAGCGCUGGCGUGAGGGCCCGUGCCGCGUGUGCCAGUGCAUGCACAAUGGCACCACAAGCUGCUCCCCCUACUGCCCCCUAGGCAGCUGCCCUCAGGGAUGGGGCCUGGUGGAGGGAGCAGGAGAAUCAUGCUGCUACUGUGCCCCGCCCGAAGAGAACCAGGCUGAGCCCCUGGUGGCCCCUCCUGCGCCUGCUCCAGCCCCCAGCUCGCAGAUUGGAGCUCCUCUGGUUACCUAUGUCCUGCCUCCACGGGGAGAUCCCUGCUAUUCUCCCCUGGGCCUGGCCCAGCUGCCCAAGGGGAGCCCAGCGCAGGAGCCCCUCACCUCGACUGCGCCCCCAGGAGCUCCCACUGAGGGGCCUGGCCUCGGAGACCAUGCCGAGUGGCACACCCGGCCGCCCUACCUGCAGCUGCACCUUCUGAGGCCCCGGAACCUGACUGGCAUCAUCGUGCAGGGGGCUCGUUCCUCCCCCACGAACGCCGCCAGCUUCUCGCUCCAGUUCAGCAGUGAUGGUCGACACUGGCACAACUACCAUGACAUCCUGCCCGGCACCUUGCCCUCAGCCCAGGCUCUCCCUGAGAACUGGGCCAAUGUGGACCUGGAGGCAUGGAUGUUUGGCCAGGUAGUGCAGGCGAGGUACGUCAGGAUGUGGCCACACCAUGCCCUGCACGGUGCUGUCCAGCCCCGCCCCUUCCUGUGGGCGGAGCUACUGGGCUGUGAGCCAGCGCCUCUGUGCCCAGAAGCUGGGCACCUCUGCGCCAGUGGUGAGUGCGUCCUGACGGGCAGCCGGUGUGACGGGGUUGUGGACUGCGAGGACGGCUCUGAUGAGCAGGGCUGCGGGCCCUGGCCUGCCCACACCACCUGUGUCUUCCUCCCUCUCACACGUUCAUUUCCUCCUCUGUCAAGCCUUCAACCUGGAGCCUUCUGGAGGCCAGGUCUAGCAGAAACGGAGCCCAGUCAUUCAAAGUGGGGGUCAUCCAUGCCUCUCACAGGUAUCUCAGGGACAAUUCCGAUGAGCCCUGCCUCAAUUUCUCCAGCUCCUCAUCCCAUGCAGCCAACAGCCAUCACCCCCACCUACCCUCCUGGGACCGAGAAUCUGCAACCAGGAGCGGCGGCCUUGCUGUCCCCACACCCUCUGACUGCGGUGGUACCCACAGGUCACAGCAUCCCCCCGAGGCCCUUCCCGCCCAUGCGUUGCGGCCCCGGCCAGACGCCGUGUGAGGAGCUGGGCUGUGUGCGGCAGGACCAGCUGUGUGAUGGGAAGGAGGACUGUCUCGAUGGCUCUGAUGAGGGGCACUGUGCGAGUGCUGUGCCCUUCACCGUGCCUGCCACAGCCGUGCCUGGGCUGCCCUCCUCGAGAAACCUCUGCUCGUCCAGCCAGCUGAGCUGUGCCAGUGGGGAAUGCCUGCCCGCUGAGCGGCGCUGUGACCUGCACCGAGACUGCCAGGACGGCUCCGAUGAGGAAGACUGUGCGGACUGCGUGCUCACACCCUGGUCUGGCUGGAGCGGCUGCAGCCGCAGCUGUGGCCUGGGACUCACUGUCCGGCGCCGGGAGCUGCUGCGGCCUCCGCUGCCCGGGGGCGGCUGCUCGGCAGAGCAGCUCCACAGCAAGCCCUGCUUCCUGCAGGCCUGCCCAGUGGCUGGGGCCUGGGCAGACUGGGGCCCCUGGGGCCCCUGCAGUGUCUCCUGUGGGGGUGGCCACCAGAGUCGUCAGAGAAGCUGCGUGGACCCCCCUCCCAAGAAUGGCGGUGACCCCUGCCCUGGGGCGUCCGGAGAGAGGGUACCCUGUGGGUUACAGCCCUGCCCUGGCGACAGAGACUGCGGGCUGGGCCGUGUGCUUGUGACAGCUGAGCUGUGCCGGAAGGGGCUAGUGCCCCCGUGCCCGCCCUCCUGCCCGGACUCCCAGGCCAACAGAAGCUGUGGUGGACAGUGUGUGGAAGGAUGCCGCUGUCCCCCGGGGCUCCUCCUGCAGGACUCACACUGCCUUCCCCUCUCCGACUGUCCCUGCCUGGUGGAUGUAGAGCUCCGCCCACCAGGACCCGCCUUCCUCCUGGACAACUGCAGCCAGUGCACUUGCGAGAAGGGUGCGCUGCUGUGCCAAGCAGCGGGCUGCCCCCAGGCCUGCGGCUGGUCAGCCUGGUCGCCCUGGACUCCCUGCGACCGCUCCUGCGGCUCCGGAGUGAGGACCAGGUUCAGGUCUCCUUCCAACCCUCCCGCGGCUUUUGGGGGUGCCUCAUGUGAGGGUGACAGGCAGGAACUACAGGCCUGCCACACAGAGUGUGAGACAGAGGUGCUGGGCUGGACACCCUGGAUGCCGUGGUCUUCCUGCUCCCAGAGCUGCCUCCUCCCCGGCGGGAGCCCAGGCCGGCGGCAGCGUUUCCGGCUCUGCCCUGGCCCCGCAGACACGGCCUGCCCCGGGGAGGCCGCCCAGGAGGAGCCGUGCAGCCCCGCUCUGUGCGCAGCGCCCAGCGGCUGGGGCCUGUGGGCUUCCUGGUCCCCCUGCUCAGCUCCCUGUAAUGGCGGCAUCCAGACGCGAGGGCGGCACUGCUCUGCUUUCGUGCCUGGGAAUUCCACCUGUCCAGGACCCCACAGCCAGACACGGGACUGCAAUCCACAGCCCUGCGCAGCCCAGUGCCCAGGGGACAUGGUGUUCCGUUCAGCGGAGCAGUGCCACCAGGAGGGGGGUCCGUGUCCUCGGCUGUGCCUGGCCCAGGACCCUGGGGUGGAGUGCACAGGCUCCUGCACCCCCGGCUGCAGCUGCCCUCCUGGCCUCUUCCUGCACAAUGCUAGCUGCCUGCCCCGCAGCCAGUGCCCCUGUCAGCUGCAUGGGCGUCUCUAUGCACCAGGAGCGGUGGCCCACCUGGACUCCUGCAACAACUGCACCUGUGUCUCUGGUGAGAUGGUGUGCACCUUGGAGCUCUGUCCAGUGGCCUGUGGCUGGAGCCCCUGGACCCCAUGGAGCCCCUGCAGCCGCAGUUGCAAUGUGGGCAUCCGGCGGCGUUUCCGAGCAGGCACCGCACCUCCCGCGGCCUUUGGGGGGGAUGAGUGCCAGGGUUCUAACAUGGAGGCUGAAUUCUGCAGCCUGCAGCCAUGUCGAGGGCCUGCAGUGACCCAGGUCCCACCCCCAGGGGAGUGGGGUCCCUGGGCCCCCUGCUCCGUGCCUUGUGGAGGAGGCUACAGGAACCGCACCCGAGGCUGGAGCCCACACAGCCCGGUGGAGUUCUCCACCUGCAGCCCGCAGCCCUGUGCAGGGCCAGUGGCUGGUGUGUGUCCCAGAGGACAGCAGUGGCUGGACUGCGCCCAGGGCCCCGCCUCCUGUGCAGAGCUCAGCUCCCUGAGAGAGGAUAACCAGACCUGCCACCCCGGCUGCUACUGCCCUCCGGGGGCGCUUCUGCUGAACAAUGUGUGUGUGCCAGCCCAGGACUGCCCCUGUGCCCACGGAGGGCACCUCCACCCCCCUGGCAGUGCUGUGCAUCGUCCCUGUGAGACCUGCUCCUGCAGCUCUGGGCUCAUUGUCAACUGCAGCUCCCGGCCUUGUGAGGAGGGCCAGCCUGCGUGGUCACCCUGGACCCCUUGGAGUGAGUGCUCGGCUUCCUGUGGCCCCGCCCUACGCCACCGGCACCGAUUUUGUGCCAAGACCAUUGGCAUGGCACCCUCUCGUCUGACUCUGCUGCCCCCAUCGGCCAUGCCCACAGCCUUCUGCCCUGGCCCGGAGGCUGAGGAGGAGCCGUGCCUCCUACCAGGGUGUGACCGAGCAGGGGGCUGGGGUGUCUGGGGACCCUGGUCCAGCUGUAGUCGGAGCUGUGGGGGUGGCCUGCGGAGCCGGAGCCGAGCCUGCCAUCAGCCACCACCCCAGGGCCUAGGGGCUUUCUGCGAGGGGCCCCAGGCCCAGGGGGAGGCCUGCCAGACCCGGCCGUGCCCAGGGACCAACUGCACAGCCAUGGAAGGAGCGGAGUACAGCCCCUGUGGGCCUCCUUGCCCUCGCUCCUGUGAGGACCUCGCGCACUGCGAGUGGCACUGCCAGCCAGGGUGCUACUGUCCCCCGGGCCAGGUGCUGAGUGCCGACGGGGCGGUCUGUGUGCCGCCGGGUCACUGUGACUGCCUGGACCUGCUCACGGGGCAGCGGCACCCUCCAGGCGCUCAGUUGGCAAAGCAAGAUGGCUGCAACCACUGCACCUGCUCGGAGGGGAAGCUGAACUGCACAGACCUGCCCUGCCCAGUACCCGGAGGCUGGUGCCCGUGGUCAGAGUGGACGGCAUGCUCCCAGCCCUGUGUGGGCCAGACAAGGUCCCGCUCCAGGGCCUGUGUGUGCCCAGCCCCCCAGCAUGGGGGCGCCCCGUGCCCUGGAGAGGCAGGAGCCCAGCUUCAGAAGGAGGCCUGCUCCAGCCCUGAAGAAUGCCCAGUGGAAGGAGCCUGGAGCCCCUGGGGACCUUGGUCUCCCUGCGAUGUGUGCUUGGGCCAGUCCCAGAGGAGCCGGACAUGCAGCCAGCCCCCUACUUCUGACGGGGGCAGGCCCUGCCCUGGGGGUCACGAACAGAGUCGCCCUUGUCAGGAGAAUACCACACAAUGUGCAGACUGUGGGGGUGGUCAGGUUCUGCUGCCCUGUGGAUGGCCCUGCCCUCGCUCCUGCCAGGACCUGUCCCCUGGCAGUGUGUGCCAGCCAGGCUUUGGAAGCUGCCAGCCCAGCUGUGGGUGCCCUACGGGUCAACUCUCCCAGGAUGGGCUCUGUGUGCCCCCAGCUCGGUGCCGCUGCCAGUACCAGCCUGGAGCCAUGGGGAUGGCUCAGAACCAGAGCCGGUCUGCAGGAUCCAGGUUCAGCUCCUGGGAGAGCCUGGAACCUGGAGAGAUGGUGCUUGGGCCCUGUGACAACUGUACCUGUGUGGCAGGCAUCCUCCAGUGCCACAAGGUGCCUGGCUGCCCAGGGGCUGGUGUGUGGAGCUCCUGGGGUCCCUGGGAAGUCUGCAGCGUUUCCUGUGGGGGAGGGGAGCAGCCCCGUUCCCGGCGCUGUGCCCGACCUCCCUGUUCUGGGCUGGCCCGCCAGAGCCGCCCCUGCCACACGCAGGUCUGCAAAGAGACCGGCUGUCCUGCCGACCGCCUGUAUCGUGAAUGCCAGCCUGGCAGAGGAUGCCCCUUCUCCUGCACCCACAUCACAGGGCAGCGGGCCUGCCUCUCUGAUGCCUGUGAGGAGGGCUGCCACUGUCCCGAAGGAACCUUCCAGCAUCACUUGGCCUGUGUUCAGGAGUGCCCCUGUGUACUGACAGCGGUGCUGCUUCACCAGCUGGGGGCUGCCAGCCCUGUCCUGGGGACGCACCCGCCCUUCCUAGGAGAAGGGGAGCAGCCUCUGGUGCCUGGAGAUGAGCUGGGCUCAGGCCAGAUGCUCCGCAUAGGCUGCAGGAACUGCUCCUGUGUGCACGGACAGCUCUCCUGUUCCAGGGACGACUGCUCCACCGCUGGGAGUGGCUUCAGCCCGUGGGGUCCGUGGGGCCCGUGCUCUCAGUCCUGUGGGGCGCUGGGUACGCGCAGCCGCGGCCGCCUCUGUCUGCACCCCAUGCCCACUCCUGGUGGCCUGGCCUGCCGCGGGCCCCUCCAGGACUGGGAAUUCUGCCCCAGCCCAGACUGCCCUGGGGCCGAAACAUCCACCGUGGAGCCAGCGAGCGACCUUCCAGGUGCCUGGGGCCCAUGGUCGCUGUGGUCCCCCUGCUCUCACAGCUGCACCGACCCUGCCCGCCCUGCCUGGCGCAGCCGCGCACGCCUCUGCCUGGCGAACUGCACCUCGGGGGACCCCUCGCAGGCGCGCCCCUGCAACCUGCCCUCGUGCACAGAGCUGCCUGGCUGUCCUGGCCCUGGCUGUGUGCCAGGGAACUGUUCCUGGACCUCGUGGGCCCCGUGGGAGGCAUGCUCGCGCAGCUGCGGAGUGGGCCAGCAGCGCCGCCUGCGAGCGUACCAUCCUCCUGGGCCCGGUGGCCACUGGUGCCCGGACAUCCUCACCGCCUACCGGGAGCACCGGUUCUGCAACCUGCGUGCUUGCCCGGUGCCUGGAGGCUGGUCACGCUGGAGUCCCUGGUCCUCGUGCGACCGCAGCUGUGGAGGAGGCCAGUCUUUGAGGAGUCGAAGCUGUUCCAGUCCUCCGCCCAAGAAUGGGGGUGCUCCCUGUGUUGGGCGGAGACACCAGGUCCGGCUCUGUAACCCUAUGGCCUGUGAGGAGGGCUGCCCAGCAGGUAUGGAGCUGGUCACCUGUGCCAACCGCUGCCCGCGCCGCUGCUCAGACCUGCAGGAUGGAGUUGUGUGUCAUGACGGCCAGCCCUGCCAGCCAGGAUGCCGCUGCUCUGAAGGGUUCCUGGAACAGGAUGGGGGCUGUGUGCCUAUUAGGCACUGUGAGUGCACAGAUGCCCAGGGGCACAGCUGGGCCCCAGGGAGCCAGCACCAGGAUGGCUGCAACAACUGCUCCUGCCGGGCCGGACAGCUCUCCUGCACCACUCAGCUCUGCCCACCGCCCGCCCACUGCGCCUGGAGUCGCUGGUCCACCUGGAGUCCUUGUAGCCACUCAUGCGGACCUGCAGGGCGGCAGAGCCGAUUCAGGUCCUCCACGUCAGGAUCAUGGGCCCUGGAGUGUCAGGACGAACAGUCACAGAGCCAGCCCUGUCCCCAGCCCCCGUGCCCACCCCUGUGUCUGCAUGAUGCCCAACCCCGCGUCCUGGGAGACAGCUGGCUGCAAGGAGAGUGUCAGCGGUGCUCCUGCACCCCUGAGGGCGUGAUCUGUGAAGACACCCAGUGUGCAGUGCCUGGGGGCUGGACACUGUGGUCCCCUUGGUCUGACUGUCCUGUCUCCUGCGGAGGUGGAAACCAAGUCCGCACCCGCGCCUGCGUGGUAACAGCCCCUCACCACAGGGACUCUCCGUGCCAGGGUCCGGACACCCAGACCCAGCGCUGUGGGCAGCAGCCGUGUCUGCGGCUGCUGGAGGCCUGCUCCUGGGGCCCAUGGGGACCCUGUUCCCGCACCUGUGGCCCAGGCCUGGCCUCCCGCUCUGGGUCCUGCCCUUGCCUGCUGACAGAGUCUGACCCUGGGUGCAACGGCACCUUCCUGCACCUGGACACCCAGGCCUGCUACCCAGGGCCCUGCCGGGAGGACUGUGUGUGGAGCAGCUGGAGCAGCUGGACCCGCUGCUCAUGCCAGGUGUUGGUGCAGCAGCGCUACCGGCACCAGAGACCGGUGCCCAGCCUGGCUGGCGAGGGCGCCCCUUGCACACGUCUCGAUGGCCAUUUCCGGCCCUGCCCCAUCAGCAACUGCUCAGAAGAUGGCUGCACCCCUCCUUUUGAGUUCCAGGCCUGCGGCUCCCCCUGUGCCGGGCUCUGUACCACACACCUGCGUGGCCAACUCUGCCAGGACCUGCCACCCUGCCAGCCUGGUUGCUACUGCCCCAAGGGGCUGCUGGAGCAGGCUGGGGGCUGUAUUCUCCCAGAACAGUGUAACUGUUGGCACACCUCAGAAGAGGGGACCGCAGUGACUCUGGCCCCCGGAGAACGACUCCAGCUGGGCUGUAAGGAAUGCGAAUGCCGGCGUGGCGAGCUGCAGUGUAUCAGCCGGGGCUGUGAAGGUCUUCUGCCUCUGAGUGGCUGGUCCGAGUGGUCGCCCUGUGGGCCUUGCCUACCCCGAAGUGCCCUGGCCUCAGUCUCCAGGAUCACUCUGGGGGCUCACUGGCCUCCGAACACAACAGACGCCUCUCCAGCCUCCACCCCUCUGCUGGCUUCGGAGCAGCACCGACACCGCCUCUGCCUGGACCCUGAAACAGGGUUGCCCUGGACCGGGGACCCGCACCUAUGCACGGCACCCCUCAGCCAGCACCGUGUCUGCUCUGACCCGGAUGCCUGCCACGACUUAUGCCAGUGGAAUCCCUGGGGGCCCUGGAGCUCCUGCCAGGUGCCCUGCAAUGGAGGGUUCCGGCUGCGCUGGAGAGAGGCAGGGGCGCCCCCUGGGGGAGGCUGCCGAGGGCCAUGGGGUCAGACCGAGAGCUGCAAUAUGGGGUCCUGCCCAGGGGAGACCUGUGAGACUCGGGGUUCGGUGUCCACCCUUGACUGUGCCAACAAGUGCCCUCGCAGCUGCAUCGACCUCUGGGACCGGGUGCAGUGUCUGCAAGGACCGUGCAGCCCAGGCUGCCGAUGUCCCCCUGGGCAGCUGGUGCAGGAUGGACAUUGUGUGCCCAUCUCCUCUUGCCGCUGUGGUCUCCCCAGCACCAAUGCAUCAUCGGAGCUGGCUCCUGCCCAGGUGGUCCAGCUAGACUGCCGGAACUGCACCUGCGUCAAUGGGUCCUUGCUGUGCACACACCAAGAAUGUCCAGACCUAGGCCCUUGGUCAGCCUGGAGCCCGUGCUCGGCCUCCUGUGGUGGGGGCACCAUGGAACGCCACCGGAGCUGUGAGGAACAUCCUUCGGGGGCACCAUGCCAAGCCCAGGUCACAGAACAGCAGCAGGAGUGUAACCUGCAGCCCUGUCCUGAGUGUCCCCCUGGCCAGGUGCUCAGUGCCUGUGCCACCGUGUGCCCGAGCCUCUGCUCACACCUGCAGCCGGGCACUGCCUGUGAGCGGGGACCCUGCCAGCUUGGCUGUGGCUGCCCCAGGGGACAGCUGCUGCUCAAUGGCACCUGUGUGCCCCCCGAAGCCUGCCCCUGCACCCAGCUUUCUCUGCCCUGGGGCCUCACUGUCCCUCCCCAAGAGCAAGCCCAGGAGCUGCCCGCAGGGACUGUGCUCACCCGGGACUGCACGCGCUGCAUCUGCCAAGCUGGAGCCUUCAGCUGCUCCCCCACUGACUGUCAGGAGUGCCCCCCUGGGGAAAUGUGGCAGCAGGUGGCCCCCGGCGGUCUGGGGCCCUGUGAGCGGACUUGCGCCGAGAUAAACGCCACCGAGGCGCAGAGCAACUGCAGUGGCUUACUGGUCUCGGCCUGUGUGUGUCGGAAAGGGUACUUCCGCAGCCGGGCAGGCCCCUGCGUCCCUGCAGACCACUGCGAGUGCUGGCACCACGGGCACGCCCAUCUGCCUGGAUCUGAAUGGGAGGAAGCCUGUGAGCGCUGCCGUUGCCUUGGUGGGAAGAGUAUCUGCAGCCAGCACUGUCCCCGCCUGGCCUGUGCUCAGGAGGAAGCGCUGGUCCAGGAGCCUGGGCGCUGUUGUCCCGCCUGUCACCGGAAGACCCUGGGUAUGGAGGAGGAGCAGCUGGCCUCUUGCCGGCACCUCACAGAGCUUCGCAACCUCACCAAGGGACCCUGCCACCUGGACCAGGUAGAAGUGAGCUACUGCAGUGGGCACUGCCCAUCCAGCACCAACGUCAUGCCUGAGGAGCCGUACCUACACAGCCAGUGCGACUGCUGUAGCUACCGCCUGGACCCAGACAGCCCAGUGAGGAUCCUGAACCUGCGCUGUCCUGGCGGCCGCACAGAGCCAGUGGUGUUACCUGUCAUCCACAGCUGCCAGUGCAGUGCCUGCCAAGGAGGUGACUUCUCAAAGCACUGACAGGCUCUGCCAGUUGCAUCCACUGCUGUCCCUCGUGGGGCCAGAGGGCUCGUUAACACUGAUCCCUUCUUCCACUGCCCAGUUGCCCACUUCCCAGCAGAUCCAUGCUCGGGCAGUAGCAUGCCCAAAUAAAGUA